AUGAAAAAUACCAGCACCACCGACUCGUGGGAUGAGACCUCAGCUGUUCUAGAUGAUUUAUCACGUAUUAAUCAAAAGAAAAAACAAAAUGAACCCUUGAAAAUUAGAAAAGAAUAUAAUAUCAUAAAUACAUGUAGUCGUCAGGAUAAAGAAUACGAUAUUGUAACGGAGGGUAAUAUGAAAAGACAUAAUAUCAUAGGGAAUACAACAGAAUAUAACGACAAGAAUGUAUGUGAUAUAUACCAUAAUAUGAAUAAUAAUAUAAAUAAUAAGAUCAAUGUAUGUAUACAUCAUAAUAAUAAUAUAAAAAACUUAGAAAAAGAUAUAUUUCCUAAUAGUUCAUCUUAUGUAAAUAUGAAUGAAUAUAAUAAUAAAAUAAAAAAAAAAACAUAUAAAGGAUGUCCUUAUUAUUUGUCUAAAGAAACAUGUAAAGAGAAUAUCAUAAAAUUAAAUAAAAAAAUGAAUGAUGUGUUAACAAAGGUAAUAAAAGCAUAUAAAGAAUCAAAUAAUAAAAAAAUGUAUUUAUCGAAAAUAUUUGAAUUGAAAUAUAUUAAUUGUAUUUUUAUAUUUAUGUUUUUAUCUUUAUUAAUCAUAUUUACAAGUAUGAAUGAAUACACAGGUAUAAUUUUAUCUUUAUUAUUAUUAAGUAUUUCUAUAGAAUUAAAAUAUACAAAAUCAUAUAUGUCCUUAUUAAAUUCUCUUUUAUCAUUAAUAUUAAUAUCUAUAAUAUCUAUUAUUAUAUCUUCAAAUAUUAAAACAGAACAAGAUACACAUCCUAUAAUGAAUAGUUAUCCUAAUUUAUCAAGGAAGCAGAUAAAUAAUAAUAUGGAAGAUACAUAUAAAAAUAAAAUUGUUGAUAAUUCAAAUAAUCAAAUUAAUAAAGAUCUACUCAUUGUUCAAUCGGUUAUUUCUUUUGUGUAUUCUUUCCUUUUAUUUAUAUAUAUGUGUGCAAUACGAACCAUUAAAUCAUAUAAAACACAACACAUAUGGAUAUAUAAUAAUAUUAUUCAUAUGUUUAAUUUCUUUGACGUAUUUAUGAUCUUCUCCUUUUCAAUACUUGCCUUCUUCUUUAUAUUUAUUUGUUUGAAUUCAAUUUCUUUUAUAAUUACUUCUACAAUUCUUUUUAUUAGUAGUUUGUGUACAUAUUUUUUUCAUAAAUAUAGUAAUGUGGCCAUUGUUAUAUUUCAGAGUAUGACGCUGUUAGCAAAUUGUAUUAUGUCCUACAUCUAUUUUUAUAACAUAAGUAAAAAAGGAAUAUUAUAUGAUAUGAAGAGUGAUCAUAUGUCAACAAAUAGUAAUAUUAGAAAUGCACAGACGAGAUCUUUCGACCUAUUUACAUUUGAAGAUAAAAUUAUAUUAUUCUAUAUGAUUCUUAUAUCACUAUUUUUAAUAUUUCAUUUAAUGUAUAUUUUAUUUAUUUUCUUAUCCAAAGAAAAUAAUUUUACAAAAUUAUUUACCGAAAGGAAAGUCUACUAUUACAAUAUAUAUCCAUAUUACGAAAAAAAAAAUGUAAAAACACAACACCACAGAACAAACAACGGAGAUUACCAUUUGAAUCAAAAGGAUAAUGAACUAAGCUUUAAAUAUGAGAAAUAUGUUUUGUGUGUAGAUGAUGAUAAAAGAAUAACGAAUGCUUAUAGGAAAUAUAGUAAACAAAUAGACAUAAAUAUAAAAAAAUAUACAUAUAAUGAAUUACAUAUGUUUAAACAUAUUUUAUUAUCAUCUCUUGUAAAAUAUAAGCAGACACAAAAGGUAUAUAGUAAACAAGAACUAUUAUUAAAAGAAAAAGCAAACAAAGAAAUAUACGAACAAAAAUAUUACAAUGAAAGUAAUAAAAGUAAUGAAAUGGAAAAUGUACAAAAAGGCGUAUACAUAAAAAAUAAAAGAAGUAAUUUAAAAAAUUCAUCAUCACUUAAUAAUAAUAAUGAAAAUAAUAAUGAUAAAGUUAGAACAAAUUAUAUAAAUAAAAGAAAUGAUAUAAAAUUACAAUCGCUUCAUCAUAAACAUACUAAUGUAAACCAUAUUAAUUAUGAUAAAUAUAAAAAUAUAAACACAAAUGUUUGUAAGAAUACAAAUAAUAAUUUAUUUUCUAAAAAAAAAAGUUCAGACGAUUUUAUAUUAUAUAUAAAUGACGAAUUCACCCAAGACUCUUCUUCCUCUUUUAUAUAUAGUUCCACACAUAAAACAUCAGAAGAAAAUAUUUCAGAAUCUAACUCAUAUAUAUCUUAUAAUAUACACAAAGAUAGUUAUGAACAAGAAAAAAAAGAUCUUUUAAGGACACAAUAUAUAUCAAACAGUAAUCGUAAUAUUAUAAAACCAAAAGAAAGUUAUAUUAAUAAAAGCAUAAACUUUUUACUAACCAAUAUUUCAAAAUUACAAAGCGAAAGAAAAGAAUCAAAUCCAAAAAAAAAAAAAAACAAAAAGGAAAAGCAUUUAUUAAAAAAUAAAAAUUUUUAUUUAAUUAGUUGUGAGGAAUCGAAUUAUUAUACAAUUUCUUUGUUUACUACAAAAUACACUUAUAUUAUAGAGAAAUUAUUAGAACAUUAUGAGGAAAUCUCAUUUUAUUUACAUAAAAAAAAUUAUUUUAUAAAUCUAUUAGAAAAAAAUAAAUUAAACCACAAACCAAUAGGAGCAAACCAAGAGGAAUCAAAAGAUAAAUUGGUUUUAUCACAUAAUAAUAACGAAAAGAAUAAUUUCAUAAAUGAUCUAAAUAUUCAUCAGGAUGAAAACUUAUGUAUUGAAAAAAAUGAUUGUAAUAAAAACAUGAACGAAUAUAAAUCAAACAAAGCAUAUAAUAUGGAUAAAGAUUCAGAACAAAAAAAAAAAAAAAAAUUGAUAACGUCCCCUUUAAAAAUAAACAAUGAUUUUAUAUUUAAUGAUAUAACACUUUCUUAUAUAAAAAAUAAAAUACAUUCCAAUAUUCAUAUUCACAAUGAUUUAUCUUUUAUUACUUCCUUUGAACAUAAUAAUAAAAAUAUGUAUAAACCAUGUGAUCAUAUGGUAAGUAAUGAUUCUACUGAGAAAAACAAACAUGAUAAUAAUUUUUUAAAACAUAAUGAAGAUAAUUGUUCUAUUUUUAUGUUGAAAUCGAAUAAAUGUAAUUCUGUCGUUAGUAAUUAUUCUAGCGAAUUUGUGAAAAUUCCCUUAUAUGCACCUUCCUUAUAUGCACCUGCCUUAUAUACACCUGCCUUAUAUGCACCUGCCUUAUAUACACCUCCCUUUUUAUCAUCAUCAUGUGUAUCACCAUCAUGUGUAUCACCAUCAUGUGUAUCAUCAUCAGGUUUAUUAUCACCAUCUUGCUUAUUAUCUCCUCAUAUGUCAUUUAAUGAGAAUACAAAGAGAGAAGAAAAUAAUUUCUGGUAUUACUAUCCUGGAAUCAUUUCUAGAAUAUAUAAGGAAUGGAUCCAGUGUAAAAAAUUAGAUGUAAAGAAGUUUAAUAAUGAUUUCUAUUAUUUACUUUCAGCUGAUUCGAAUAAAUUGAAGGGGUUCUUAAAAAGUAAUUACUUACAAGAAGAAACAAAAAACAAAGAAGAUAAUACAUCCAAUAAUAAUAAUAAUAAUAAUGCAAAUUGUGAUAAUAAUAAUAAUAAUAUUAAUUUCGAAUAUUCAUGUGAAUAUGACAAAAAGAGAAAAAAUAAAUUAUUUGAUAUAAGUGAAGUAGUUAAUAAUUAUCCAUAUAUAGUUAAUAAAAUGAAAAAUAAUUUAUAUUCAUCUACAUUUACAUAUUCCUCUUUUAUAAAAGAUGAUCAUAAUAUUAAUAGUAAUCACAUUAAUUCUUUUAAUACUAUUAUUAAUAAUUUCUUGAAUGAUGCUAAUAUUUUUGAUUCUUUCUAUUAUUACCUCUUGACUAAUAAAUCCAUAUCCUAUAAUGUAUUUGAAGAUAGUACUUAUAUAAAACAAUACUUAUCCUCAUUAUAUUAUAACAACACCGAAGAAUUUGUUGAAGAAAUUAAAUUCAUAUGGGACGAUCCUAAACCUUACAUAGAAAAAGAAAAUAUACAACUUCCUAAUGAUCAUACGAUAAACGAACACAAACAUGACGAUAAAAAUGAUUUAAUAAAAAAUGAUAAUAUAUACAAUAAUUUGUAUGAUAAUUUGUAUGAUAAUUAUUAUGAUAAUUAUUAUGAUACUUUUUAUGAAAAUUUUGUAAAAGAUAAUUUUCCAUUUAUAAAAAUCAACACUACUUCUACAUUGCCUCAAACCAACAAACAUACACAUAAAGAAAGUGUUGAAGAUACGGAGAUACAUAAAAAAAAUAAUUAUACAAAAAAAUGCUUAACAUUAAUGAAUAUGGAAGAAUCUGUUUAUAGGAAGCAUAAAAAUUCAUGUGAAGAUGAAAUGAAUAUAAAAAAUGAUAAUACUCACAACUUGAAUGAUCUAUUAAAAUACGCAGAAUCGUUAAUAGAAGAAAGGAAAAAUAUUCAAACUCAUGAAAAAGAUAAAACAGAAUAUGAACCUGAACUUAAUAUAACACAGAAUGAUAAUCAUAUUUCAGAUAUUAAUAAUAUAGAUGAAUUUUUAAGCAACUUUAUCAAAAAUUAUAUGUCUAAUAAGAAGGAUAACACACAAACGUUUCAUCAUCAUCAAAAGGAAAAAUACCGAAAUAAGGAAGAAGAGAAUUUACAAAAUAAUAAUCAUCAUACAGAAUAUUUAAAAAAUCUACAACAUUUGUGUUCACAUAUAAAACAAAAUAUAGACCAACAAUAUGAAAUAAACAAUGCUUAUGAUGUUAUUAGUAAUGAUAAAGAAAAUAUUUCUAAUAAUUUGUCGUCAAGAAAUACUCCUAAGGUAAAAGAUAUAAAUAAAAAUUAUAGUAUACAUAAAUUAGAAGAAUGUAUAGGAAAAGAAAAGAAAAUGGAACAGGACAAGGACCAAAAAGGAAAUGAACAGAAUGAACAAAAUGAACAGAAUGAACAAAAUGAACAAAAUGAACAAAAUGAACAAAAUGAACAGAAUGAACAAAAUGAACAGAAUGAACAAAAUGAACAAAAUAAAGAUAGUAAACAAAAGUGCAAAUUAUAUAAUUCUUAUAUAUCAGCACAUUCUAAUGAUAUAAAUAUUAUCAAGGAUAAACAAGGAGAACCUAUUAAUUAUUUAAGAAAAAAUAAAAUAAAUGACAACUCAUAUGAUAUACAAGAUAUAGAAGACAUGUCAUAUAAUUCACUUAAAAAAUAUAUUAAUGAUGAAAUAAAAAAUUGUAAUUAUAAAAAUACAAAACUAUAUUCUCUUAAUAAUGUAAAUAAAGACAAGGACACCAAAUUGAUUUAUACAAAUAUAGAAAAAAACUCACUUAUUCAGAAAAAUAUAGAGAAUAUCCAAAAAAAUUAUCAUAUAAAUGUAGAUAAUCCCUUAUUAAAUAUAGACAAAAGUAUUUUAUAUAAUAACUACAUAAAUAUGAAUGUACAAACAAAAGAAAAAUGUAAACUAAUUAAAAAAGAUGAUAAAAAUAGAUUUAAUAAAAAUAUGAAAUCUAUAAAAGAAAGGAAUCAUUCUAAUAAUAACGUAAACCAAAAAAAUCAAAUAUUUCCAAAAGGUAAUAAUUUGAUAAAUAAUAAUAUAAAAUUAUUUCCUAAAGAAGAGGAAGAAGAAUCUAACAAAACAAGGGAAUUAAAUUUAGACAUUAUAGAUGAUAUAAAAAAAAAAUUCUCAAGACAUGAUAAUAUACAACAUCUUAAUUAUCUAACGAAUAUUGAGUAUGAUCAUACGGUAGAACAAAAUAUUUAUACGAAUGAUAAAUAUAUACAUGAAAUACAAAAUGUAGAAUUCAACAAUGUAUAUGAUAAAAAUAUAAAUAGAAAGAAGGUUCAAACGUUUUGCAUACACAGUAACGAAAUAAAGGGAAAUGAAAAUGAUGAAAAAAAUGAUGAAAAAAAUGAUGAAAAAGAUGAUGAAAAACAUGAUGAAAAAUAUGAUGAAAAACAUGAUGAAAAGGAUGAAGAAAAUCAAAAAAACGAUUCAACAUUAUGUGAUGACCAGAACAAAGGAAGAGAUAUCAAAAACGACAAUCAUUAUGAUCAUGAUGAAUAUGAAAACCUUUUUGGUUAUAAUACAGAAGAUAUGAAAAAGAUUGAGGAAAAAAUUAAUAUGUUUUAUAAUUAUUCUAAUGAUGAACAUAAAGAUUUUUAUGAUAUUGAUGAGAAAAAAAAAAAAAAGGAAAUUUUAUAUGAACUUAAAAAAUAUCUUGCAUCUUCACAAAACAAAAAACAAUUACAAAAUUAUAGUCCUACAGGUAUCGAUUUCUUAGAAUAUAUAAAUAAAUAUUUGAAUAGUAACAAUAAUAUGUAUGACAUUAAUAUAUAUAAUGAAAUAAUAUGUACAAAUGAAAAAGGACAAAGUCAAAUAAAUGUUCAAAAAAAAGCACACGAUGAUAAAUCACAAAAUAAAUAUGAUCCCCACAAUGACCAAAACGACAACAAUAAUAAUAACAAUAAUAAUAACAAUAAUAAUAAUAAUAAUAAUAAUUAUUAUUAUUAUUAUCUUGAAGAUAAUAAAAAUAAAUUCUGUCAUGUCUUAGAAAAUGAGAAAGAAAAAUCUACUUAUUCAUCCCACCAAAUUUAUGAUGAACAUACAGAAAAUUCCUUUACCUUACACAACAUUAUAAAUAAUAAAAAACUAAUAAAAAAUGCAAUAUUUAAUUUUGAUAAUAUAGAUAAUAUAGAUAAUGUUAAUAAUUUAAACAAAAAACAUAAUAACAAUAUACAUAUGAGCAAGGGUAGAGAAAACCUGAAUAAAACAUUGUUAAAAAAAAAAGAGGAAUACAAUAUAAUAAAAGGUAUUUCACAAAAUAUACAAGACGAUCAAAUUAGGGGAAAAGAAAAUUUUGAUGACAUAAAUUAUAUUAGUAAUGAAAAUGUUAAAAAGGAAAGUGAACUUAAAAAUGGUAUUCCAUAUAAUAAAAAAUAUGAUAAAACAAAUGACAUGAUCGAAUAUAUGUUUGAAAAACAUAGGGAUAUAAAAGAAAAAUCACCUUCAAAUAAGAUAAGACAAAACAAGGAUAUUAAGCAUAAACACAUAAUUGAAUAUUCUUCACAAAAUAAUCAUAAUAGUAAUAGUCAUAGUAAUAGACAUAGUUCUAGUCAUAGUAAUUAUCAAGGUGAUAUACACAUUAAAAAAAUAGAAUUAAGCUCAAUUAUUAAUAAGAAUAAAGAAAAUGACUCAAUGGAAAGUCUCAAAUCAUAUCAAAAUAAUAAUAAACUUGAUUCGGGAAAAAAAAAAAAAGAAUUAAUUUGUCAUAUUAACUUAUUAAACAAUAAAAAUGAGAUACAACCAAAAGAAAAAAUUUAUAAACCAAAUAAAAAUAUAUUCAAUUCUAUCUAUGGAUUUUAUCAAACAGAAUCUGAUGUAAGUUCCUUAACAGAAAAUGAAAAGAAAAAUAUAAUAAUCGGACAGGAGCAAUUUUAUGAAUCCUUUGUUUAUAACAAUAUUCCUAGUAUGGAUAGUACAAAAAAAAAUUAUAUAUACAAAUUCAAUAAUCAAAACGAUGAAGAAAGUAUAAAAGAACAAAAAUAUGAUAAUCCUGAAGAAAUCAACUCUUUUAAUAUAUCCAAAGAUCACAACAUAGAAGCAACAGAUAUAUCUACAAAUAAAAAUAUUAUAAAUAACAAUAUAAAAGAAGAUAAUAAUAUACUACAUUUGAACAAAUUUAAAAAUAUAUUAACAAAUCAGAAUAAUUCAUAUAAAAAUUUGGAAUAUCCAAAUAUGGAAAAUAAGAAAUAUAAGGAAUCUGAAACAUAUAUACAAAAUAAAGAUAUAUAUGAUAAAUUAAAAACAAAGCAAAAUAACAUAGAAGAAACAAAAAAUACUAAUUUUAUAAACUAUGAAAUAUAUAAAUGUUCUAUAGAUAAUGAUAGAAAAAAAAAUAAAAAAGCUCUUCUAAAUGAAAUGCUUCCUAUGUAUCAUCUAAAAGGAAGAUAUCAUAGUAAUGAUGAUAUAGAGAAAAGACAAAAUUAUUAUUUAUCUAAGAAAUAUGAAAAAAUGAGAGAAGAGAAUUUUAAUGAAACACCUUAUGAAUUAUCUAAUAAUUCAAAUUAUGUAAUUAAUACUAAUAGAUAUAACACAAAAAAUGCAAAUUAUAAUAUUAGGGGUAUGUCACUAAAUUCAUAUUUUACAGAAAAGAAGAACAUAAAUGAACAUAUAAAUGAAAACAAGAUAAAUCACUUAAAAAAUAUAAAUAGUCUAUAUAAAAAUCUUGAAUCGAAUAUUCAAAGACAAGUAUCAAACAACAUAAUCUUCGGAAGUAAUUACUCUAAAUAUUAUAAAAAUAUAAAUAGUGAAGAAUUUAAAAAUACCUAUAGACAAACAUAUAAUUAUUUAUAUAAACAUUAUAAUUACAGAGAACCUCUUAAAAAAAGUAUAAGCUUACAACAAAAAAUACACACAAACAUAAAUGAUAACACAAAAUGUAAAGAAAAUGAAAAACAAAAAUAUAUAUAUACACAAAAAAACAAUUUCUCUUUUGACUUCUUAAGACAAAAUCAUUAUAAUAUAAUAAAUAAUAAUCAUCAACAAGAAAACGAACAAGAUCAAUGUAGAAGAAAAAAACAAAAUAGAUAUUAUGAUUAUAUAGAAAAAGAAAAAAAAAAAUAUAUAUACCAUUCUGAUUAUAUACAACAUUUUAAUAAUAUUAUUAACACAUACUCAUGGUCUAAUGAUAAUCAUAUAUAUAUUCAUCAAAAUAAAAAUCAAAAAAAAAAAAAAAAAUCUUAUAUAUCUACUGUUAGUACACAAGAUAAUGAUAGUGAUCAAUCAAAUUUUAGUAGUCUAGUAAAAGAUGUUUUUCAAAAUAAUUCAGAUUCAUAUAUUUCUUCUAACGAUAUUAAUCAUAAUUCAACCAUUCAAAAAAAAAAAAAGAAACAAACAUUCAAAACUCAAUUAUCAAAGAAUAAUCUACAACAUCUAUUUAAUCAAUAUAAUAAAAAUAAAAAAAUAAAAAAAUCUAACAAACAUGACCAAAAUAAUCUAAAUAGUCUAGAAACAAUAAAAACUAUUCAAACAAAUUCAAAAGAAUCAUUUCUACAAUUAAUACAGGAAGCAAAUAUAUUUCCCUCUAUUACAAUUCAAAAUAAUAAUAAUAAUAAUAAUAAUAAUGAAAAAAAUAUAUAUAUUCCUAAUUUAAAUAAAGAAACACAAUCAAAAAAUAUUUCUUACCCUGAACAAAAAAAAAAGAUACCAGAUCUAGAUAAUUAUAUAAAUAAUAAUACAAAUCAUUAUGAUGAUUUCUCAGACAAUUAUGAGCAUAUACUAAACACUAGUACAAAUACCGAUAUAAGUGAUCAUGUGGACUUCAAUCAAAGUAAUAAAAAUAAUUUUAUUAAUAAAACGAAAAAUGAACAUGAGGAACAUUUCAAUCAGUAUCAAAAAAAACAACCAAAAAAUUCACAUAUAUAUGGAAAUAUGAAAAAAUAUAAAAGUUUAAACGAUGCGUCGUAUCAAAAUAAUCAAACAAAAUAUGAAAUCAUAGAUAUACAAAAAAAACAAGAAUUACAAAAAAAUGCAAGUGCUAUUAAACAGGAUUCAAAUAGACAUAGUCAUAAUAUAUAUAAUUAUCAAAGUGUUGACUAUCACUAUAUAAAUGAACAUAAUAAUAAUAAUAAAUAUUAUACGAGGAGCAUAUCUCAUGAAUCUCAAUUUAAAGAAAAUAAAAAUAUACAUAUAAAAAGGAAUAGGAGAAAUAAUUCAAUUCAUAUGAAAUUAAAUGAUACUUCAAAUCAACAAUUAAUAAAUAACUCAAACAAUCAUAAGAAUACACAUAAUAGUUCAUCUAUUAUUUCUUUUAAU